AUUGUCUGUUAAAUGAAGUUUUCCCUGCAAAAAAGCUGUCCAAUGACUGUUUUUCAGUCAUCUUCGCUAUCGUGUGGGCUCAUUAUAUACGGGAAAGGAUCUGAUGUGCCUUCGUUAUUAUCGAGGAUAGGCACACAUAGAUAUAAAAGAAUAGAUGCUAGCUCCAAAGGAUUUCUAGUUUUAUUAUUAUAUGGGGGAAAAGACAGACAAGGCUCUUGCACCCCUCUUUAAAAUAGAGUGCUGAAUUUUAAGCCAAAAGAACAGUUGUGUUUAAUAGAACAAUAAGUCUAUAUGCUGCCAUAGCAGUUUCAUGGCGCAUUAAGUCCCUGAACUAUUUUUAAUUUGUCGUUUACCCUGGAGACCCCCGUUUACAGACAGUGCGCAACCGCUUUUGUUUAAACCCAGCCAUAAAAAGAAGAGACCGAUGAGAAGAUGCGGGCCUUUGCCGAGCAGGUCUUCGCAUCUGAAACCAAAGGCGAGGACGUCCGAGAUGAGAUUUCGGUGUUUGACGUGCCCGAUGACUGUCCCAUCAUCCACCAUGAAAUGGCACACCACUUGCAUGCUGACGAUGAUCUUGAGAAGCGCAAGCGGCGCUUUCGCGGUAUGCCCAGACCUGAUGCCCAAACAUCUGCAGCCAAUGUAGUGUCAACCCAAGUGGACACACCCACCUAUCUGGAAGUGCCGGACUUCCAAAGAGUCGCCAUCAUUGGAGACUACGCCUCUGGGGUUACCAUGGACGACUUUGAGCUGUCCUGCAAAGGUUUAUACCGUGCGUUGACCAUCAGAGAGAAGUACAUGAGGCUAGCCUAUCAGCGUUUUCCAAGGACCGCCUCGCAGCACCUCCGCGAUAUUGAAGGCGAAACCUUCAAGGUCGAGGACCAGGUGCAACCUGUUUUCACACCCCCACCGAAGGAUGGAGAGGAUCCAUUUGAAACAGCAGACCUGCCAGAGAAUCUGGGCUACGUUGCACGUAUGAAGGAUGGUCUCAUCUAUUUGUAUGACGAUGCCCAAGCUGCCGACAAACAUCAGCCCAGAGACCUGCCAUAUCCCAACCACACUACCUUCAUUGAUGACAUGAACUUCCUCAUCGCUCUCAUUGCUCAGGGCCCCACAAAGACAUACACUCAUCGUCGUCUGAAGUUCCUCAUCUCCAAAUUCAACGUGCAUGAAAUGCUGAAUGAGAUGGAGGAGAUGAAAGAGCUGAAGAAUAACCCUCACAGGGAUUUCUACAAUUGUAGGAAGGUGGACACACACAUCCACGCCGCUGCAUGCAUGAACCAGAAACACCUCCUGCGCUUCAUCAAGAAGUCAUACCGAGUGGACGCUAACCGCAUCGUGCACAAUCUUAAAGGGAAAGAGGUCACCUUGAAGGAGCUUUUUGAAUCCCUCAGCCUGCAUCCAUAUGACCUCACUGUGGAUUCGCUGGACGUGCACGCUGGCAGACAAACCUUUCAGCGUUUUGAUAAGUUCAAUGCCAAGUACAACCCUGUUGGAGCAAGCGAACUGCGUGACCUCUACCUGAAGACAGAGAAUCACAUCAAUGGAGAAUACUUUGCUACUAUCAUCAAGGAAGUAGCCAGCGACCUAGAAGAUGCAAAGUACCAAUACGCUGAGCCGCGCCUGUCAAUCUACGGCUGCACGGCCAAUGAGUGGAACAAACUCUCCAACUGGUUCGUCAAGCACAGAGUCUACUCUCCUCACCUCAAGUGGAUGAUUCAAAUUCCCAGGAUCUAUGACAUCUUCAGAGCAAGGGACUUUGUCCCCCACUUUGGCAAGAUGCUGGAGAACAUUUUCCUCCCUGUGUUCAAUGCCACUAUUGACCCAAAGUCCAACCCUGAGCUCAGCAUCUUCCUCAAGCAUGUGACAGGUUUUGACAGUGUGGAUGAUGAGUCGAAGCACAGUGGUCAUAUGUUCUCCACCAAGAGUCCCAAACCAGAGGAGUGGGACAUUGCUAAGAACCCGUCUUACACCUACUACAUCUACUACAUGUAUGCCAAUAUCUCUGUGCUCAACCAGCUACGAAGACAGAGAGGCAUGAACACAUUCAUGUUCAGGCCUCAUUGCGGUGAAGCCGGCGCCAUCACCCAUCUGUUGGCUGCCUUCAUGACAGCUGACAACAUCUCACACGGCCUCAACCUCAAAAAGAGUCCAGUACUGCAGUACCUGUACUACCUGACCCAGAUCCCCAUUGCCAUGUCUCCCCUAAGCAACAACAGUCUCUUCCUUGAGUACGCCAAGAACCCACUACUGGAGUUCCAAAAGAAAGGCCUGGUGGUCUCUCUCUCCACUGAUGACCCGAUGCAGUUCCACUACACCAAGGAGCCUCUGAUGGAGGAGUAUGCCAUCGCAGCACAGGUUUUCAAGCUAAGCACCUGCGAUAUGUGCGAGAUCUCCAGAAACAGUGUGUUGCAGAGUGCAAUGUCAGAUGAGGAGAAGAGUCACUUCUUGGGUCAGAACUACUUGAAGGAGGGUCCGGAGGGGAACGACAUCAGGAAAACCAAUGUGGCCCAGAUCCGUAUGGCGUACCGCUUUGAGACCAUUUGCUAUGAGCUCAACCUCAUCAAGGAGGGUCUGAAGUCUGAAUAAAACAAACCGACAAAUUUUGGAUGUGAAAAUUAACGCCAAUGGAAAAUGUAUGUCUUUAGUUUUCACUCAAAGCAUCACUGUUGUUUCAUCUGGAGACACUGUUGAUAAUUCAUCACUGUAAUGUAUUUAAGUGCAUUAUUUGUCUUCUUUUGGAACAUCAUUGCUAAAGGUAUAUUAAAAAGAGAAUAGGAGGAAAAACAUUUAUGUCUGUCCGUGACGUUUGUACUUGAUCAUUACUUCAGGAUAGCAGGAUGGCGUUAUUUGUUUUACAAAAGGAUAU